AUGGCCCGUGCUGGGGUAUGGCUGUGUGUCUUUGUCGGUGUGAGUCUGAGUCCUUGUCCAACACUUGGGGUGCCUCCCCAGCACCGUGGCUGGCUGCGUCUCUGGGAGGAGGGCAAGGGCUGUGGUGAGUGUGAGACGGAGCGCUGCCCUUUGGCGCCCCCUAACUGCCCAGCAGGGCUAGUGCAGGACAGCUGUGGCUGCUGUCAGCAGUGUGCCAAUGUGGAGGGGCAGCAAUGUGACCCGGAUGGGGCACAGGAGUUCUACGGGCGCUGUGGGAAGGGGUUGGUCUGCCAGAAGAGAACCAGGAGAGGACGAUGGGGCCACAGGGGAGGGGAACCGGAGCCCAAGUGCGUGUGUGAAGUGCAGGGCUCCGUGUGCGGCUCUGAUGGACGUACCUUUCCCAACCUGUGUCAGCUUAGAGAGGCGGCCAGCGAGGAGGGAACUACACUGAGGAACACUGGACAGGGCCCAUGCUACUCUGCCCCACAUAUCUCCAGAGCUCCACGUGAUCUGUCCAACUACACUGGAAAACACAUUGUGUUUGGCUGCGAGGUCUCUGCCUUCCCUCUGCCCAACCUGAGCUGGAGGAAAGAGGGCAGCAACAACUUCCUUCCAGGAGACAAUCCACACAUCUCGGUCCAGGUCUGA